AUUCAUUGUCCAAAAUCCUUACUAAAAGACACAUAUGCAAAGAAACCGACAUCUAAAAAACCAAACCACACUUCAAUUUUAGUCAUCAAUAUCAAAAGUAAUGCAAAAAUUUUAGACUUAUCUAAGAUUGCUUCACCGUCAAUAACAUCUGCAUAUCCACUAAUAAUUGUGUUUUCAUCCUCAUAAACGACACCCCUAUCUCUUCAUCAAAUAUGCUCUUUUUUCUUAUCAACAAUGUCAAGGAUGAGUUAGCUCGACUACCCUCUAUAGUGUUGGAAAACUGGGACCCCCUAUUAAUCAUAAGUAUUUUGGUUAAAUUUGUGUUGCAUUUAAUAAUCUUUGUGAAUUAAAAGAUCAUAUUAAUUACAUUUUUUUUGUUACAAGGGUAAGUACGUACUACGCGACGAAUUGACAGAAAAGGCGACUUGAUUAUGUUGGCUUAACGGAGGCAACAGCUUUGCUCAACUAGGGUUUUCGACUUACCAUAGAAAGGUAAUUAAGGAGGCUACUUGCACUACGUGCAUGGUACAUGGGUUGGUUGAUCUGCCUAAUUAAGUGUUCCCACUUCACAUGGCCACGAGGCCCACGACCUCAACUAUGUAACCGUCCGAAACGGCCAGCUACGCCAGUGGUGGGGAAUUCCAACGUUCCAAAAAAGUAGUUAGUGGGUAAUAGCUACUUUUUGCAUUCUCAUCCCUUUUUGGUUUAAAUAUAUGGCCACUUCCAACGUUCCAACAUGAGUUUUUGUUUUUGCAUUCUCAUUCCUAUUUGAACUAAAAUUCCAUUAGCAGUAGGAAUUCUCACGUGAUCAGUAAAUCCUUUGUGUAAGCUAAUAAACCUCACUUGCAUCCUUUGUUAAACCAGUAAGCUUCAUAAAUCUCUAUUUUUGAAACUUUAAAUUCUAAUGUGUGUGGUAUCUGUUGAUAGUGGUAAUUCUGGUUAAUUUAUUAUCAGGGAAGAUGGACCCCAAUUUGGAUCUAACUAUAUUGUUGGACCAUUGCUAUACGAGGAAGCUCUCGACAUAUCUGAGCACACCACGGUUCCACAGCUUAAUAUGAUAAAGUUAAGUCUGUAUAGUACGGUAAGUCACUCAAACUCAACUAAACACCUAUUUUUUUAAAACACAGUCAUUACCCAAUUCAACAUUUGCUUCAUUUUCGUCAUCAAUAACCCAUGUGUCUGUUUUAGGGGACGGUAUACAUCUUGACGGGAAAACUAAAAGCCAUUGGAAUUUCAACUUUGGCGCACUCUAUGGUCAGUGUUGUGCAUUUCACCAUCAAUGAUGUAACUGAGGAGCUGGAAGUUGUGUUUCCCUCUGUCAACCUUAGACGCAUUGUUGGUGAUGUGGUUGCGGAGACAAAUAUCGAUUGGGACACUAACAUCAUCGCCAUUCUCAACUGCAUUGAUUUGAAGUAUUACCAGUUUGUCAUUGAAGUUGGCGCGUGGAACCGCAUGGUCCGUCACUGUGAUUUGGUUUUGCUGAAGAUGUUCUCUGCUGCCUUUUAAGGAUGGAGUGCUUUUAAUGGAUUCCUGGUAUGUGUUCCUAAAUAUCAACUACACUCAAACAUUUAAUAGGAAGUGGUUGGCUAGGCAUUUCUCAUCAUUCGGCUCUAUUUACUACCUCCACCGUACUUUUUUACUGUUAUUUGUGAUGAUAAGAUUGUUGGAGCUUAGCCUUUUAGUUUCAUGGUUUGGUUUUAAAGCACCCAGUGUGCAAGAGAUUAGCUGUAAUUGAUUUCCUCAACUUUGUUUAUAAUGGAGAAUCACUUAUGUAUUUGGAUUGGUUUGCUGCUGUUUUACAAGAUGGUAGUUAAGCAGAUAGGGUGUCAGAACUUAAGCGCAUAUGAACCAGGAAAUAUUGUCCGGUUUGUGUUAUGCACUUGAUUAUUUUUUUUAGUCCUGGUUAUGAUCCAAUGUGAAUUAUUUGUAUAAGAAACAUAUUUUUGCAGAAUUUAGUUACAAUCUAACAAAUAUCAUCAACUUUUAACUAUUACAUUCACAAAAUGAAAAACAAAAUAAUUUUUUUAUUAAUUACAUUAAUUAUGAUAUCACUUUGCUUAUGGAGAAUUUAACUAUUAUCACACUUGAUUUGCGAGAUUUUCUUCUCAUUUACCUACAAUAAUUAUUUUAUAAAUUAACCUAUAAAAGGAUUUAAAUUCAUUCAGUAGUGACUCGAGAUUAAUUAAUUAGUGAUACUUUAAGCAUGGUUCAGUUUUGUUUUUUUUUAAGAAAUCUGAUUUCAUUAUGAAAUCGGAAAAUGAUAAAGAGUUGGACCAUGAUCCUUGAAAGAUAGAAGUCUAAACAAAUCGUAAAGUUGAGCCCACCCAAAACACAAAAUGAAAGCUCACCCACAAAUAUAUAAAUCAGAAAAAAACACAAGAGAAAAACUCCAAAGCCCACCCCAACACCCACGGUAACCCAACCCAGAAAAAACCCAAACACACCAAACAUCACAACCCAGCCCACAAAACAACCCAAGCAUGGUUCAGUUAAAUAAAAUAUAGUUAGAGAGGGAAUGCCCAGCCGGAUUUGUUGAAACUAAAUGGCCAACCUAUUCCCAUAAAAAAAAAGGCCAACCUACACUACCUUGGGCGGAUCCUUCUCCACUCCCCCACCUCCUCUACUGCCCAGUAUCCGAUAUUUUUGGAUCUUCUAUGAGGUGAAGGCUGCCGCAUUCCAAGCCAUUAUUUCUUUAUUAAAUACAUUCAUUAUGAUUUUCAUUUCAUGUUAAUUAGUGGUGGUGUGGGCCGGGCCGGCCGGGUUGGCGCAUCAAAUAAUAAUUAGCAACUUUGAGAGGCAAUUUUGGACAAGAAUUGUUGACACAGUCGCAAUUAGCAAUGUUGUUAAAAUGGAACUGGACAUCGAUCCGGAUUAGUAAAGGGUUCAAGGUUUAUCAAAUAACCGGUGGUUAAUCGAUAUUAAAAACUGAUCAUAAACCGGUGUUGACUUACUUGGUAGACUUAACAAUUAUUUUUUUUUACAAUGAUUGUUUCACUUAUUAGAGAUAAAAGAAUAAAGUGAGAAUUAUUAAAACUGAAAAAGCAUAAUUUGGGCGGCUGCUAGGUCUUUUUUGGAAAAAGUGAACUGAUUUUUCUUCUCUUUAUAUUUUUAUUAUGUACUUACCUUCUUUUAUUUUUGAAUUUUUAAUUGCAACAAAAUAAAAGGAAGGCGCAUGUUUGAUUUUAAGAAGGUGGGUCGUUCCCCUAUAUAAAAAAAAGGGUGGGUCGUGAGUUCCGUGACACACCCGCCUCUUGAACUCUAAAUGGCCAACCUUCUCCACUCCCCCACGAGGCCACAAAUCCUUCUCCACUCCCCCACUAUCCCACUUUCCACACACACACGUACUCCACUGCAUGCGGCCAAGUAAAUCACGUGUGUAGAA